CUGAUUCCCAAAGCACUUCGGGAGAGCUAGUUCGUGAACAGUCCUUUGUUGCCGGUGGCUGAGGGAGCGAAUGAGAUUGCAGAACUACAACUCCCAGAAUAACCAGCGGCGGCCACCCGGAUGUAACGGCGUCCAGUUCCUAGUAGUAGAGGUUUUGUUGGGGUUGGUCUCGCCGAAUGUCAUAACGUCAUUUAAUUUAUUCCUUAUUUUAUUUUGUAUUUUGUUUGUUGGGGAUUGUGGCAGUUACCGGUAUGGAUUUCAUCGAAUAUAAAUAAACUAAAUAUAUAAAAAAAAUAUAAACUUCCCGACGCUAACACAGCAAUGUUUGGACGGUCUAGGAGCUGGGUCGGAGCAGGGCAAGGGAAAUCUAAAAGCAUUCACUCUCUGGACCACCUGAAAUACAUGUACCAUGUCCUGACGAAGAAUACCACAGUGACGGAUCAUAACCGGAACCUCCUCGUCGAGACCAUCCGGUCCAUAACGGAGAUUCUGAUCUGGGGUGAUCAGAAUGACAGCUCGGUGUUCGACUUCUUUUUGGAGAAGAACAUGUUCGCUUUCUUUCUGAACAUCCUCCGGCAGAAGUCUGGCCGCUACGUUUGUGUGCAGCUCCUGCAAACACUGAACAUCCUGUUUGAAAACAUCAGCCACGAGACGUCUCUCUAUUAUCUGCUGUCCAACAACCACGUCAAUUCCAUUAUCGUGCACAAAUUUGACUUUUCUGACGAGGAGAUCAUGGCAUACUACAUCUCCUUCCUGAAGACACUGUCCCUGAAAAUGAACAACCACACUGUGCAUUUCUUUUAUAAUGAGCACAGUAAUGAUUUUGCCCUGUACACCGAGGCCAUUAAGUUUUUCAACCACUCGGAGAGCAUGGUCCGGAUUGCAGUCAGGACCAUCACCCUCAACGUGUACAAAGUGGACAACCGGCUCAUGCUGCACUAUAUCAGAGACAAGACAGCUGUACCCUACUUCUCCAACCUGGUCUGGUUCAUAGGAAGCCAUGUGAUUGAGCUGGAUAACUGUGUGCAGACAGAUGAAGAGCACAGAAACCGUGGCAAGCUCAGUGACUUGGUGGCAGAGCACCUGGAUCACCUGCACUAUCUCAAUGAUAUCCUGAUCAUAAACUGUGAAUUCCUCAAUGACGUGCUGACAGACCACCUGCUCAACAGGCUCUUUCUGCCCCUUUAUGUUUACUCCUUGGUUAACCACGAGCAGGCCAAGCUUCUCCCUUUGGUAUCCAGACACGGUACCUGCCCUUAUCUCCAUGUUUCAACAAAACAACUGCUACAGAGUGGAGAUCGCCCAAGGAUCAGCUCUCAGGUGUCCCUUUACCUCCUCUCGCAGGUGUUUCUUAUAAUCCACUAUGCUCCGCUGGUGAACUCCUUGGCAGAUGUUAUUUUGAAUGGAGAUCUCUCUGUGUUUUCUCUGCAAGCUGAGCAAGAUGUACAGAAAAGCUGUGCGAACGCGAGCGUCCGGUGCUUCACGAAGCCUGCAGAGAGCUUGGAAAGAUCCUUGGAAAUAAACCGUCAAAGAGGAAGAAAGAAGGUGCAGAAAAGACCCAACUAUAAGAAUGUGGGGGAGGAAGAGGAAGAGGAGAAAGGGCCCGAGGAGGCCCAGGAAGACCCAGACAAGGCUAAAGGUACAGAGGCUAGUUCAAAAGGCAACAAGACAAGUGGGGACAACGAAGAAAUAGAGAUGGUGAUAAUGGAGAGGUGUAAGAUUUCACAGAUAUCUAGGUUGACGGAACAGAACACGACGGAUGAGGAGAAGACGGCAGCGGCUGCAGCUGCUGGGAUCGAGGCCCAGAAGAGCAGACCCUUUCUGGAUAUGAUUUAUAAUGCACUGGACUGCUCAACGGACGAUUACUAUGUCCUCUUUGUCCUCUGUCUCCUCUACGCCAUGUCCCACAGUAAAGGUAUCGCCUCACAGCUGCUGGAGAAGAUCCAGCUCCCGGCACAGCAGGCAGAGAGGAGCUCGUACAGCCACGUGCUGGCAGAGCGACUCAUCAGGAUCAUGAACCAGGCAGCACAGCCAGAUGGGAAGAUUCGCUUGGCCACCCUGGAACUGAGCUGCCUCUUGCUGGAGCAGCUGGUGCAGUCCAGUAGUGACGGCAUCAUUAAAGACGUGCACCUCGCCUGCUUGGAGGGGGCCAAAGAGGAGAGUAUUCACCUGCUGCGUCGCUUUUAUAAGGGAGAAGAAAUUUUCCUGGAUAUGUUUGAAGAUGAACACAGGAGUAUGACGAGUAAACCGUUGAAUGUGGAGUACCUGAUGAUGGACGCCUCCAUCCUUCUUCCCCCCACGGGAACCCCUUUGACAGGGAUUGACUUUGUGAAGAGACUGCCCUGUGGAGACGUGGAGAGGACCAGGAGGGCGAUCCGGGUGUUCUUCAUGCUGCGCUCCCUGUCGCUGCAUUUGAGGGCCGAGCCCGAGACUCAGCUUCCACUGACCAGAGAGGAGGACCUGAUCCAAACCGACGACGUGCUGGACCUGAAUAACAGCGACCUGAUCGCCUGCAUGGUGGUCUGGAAGGAUGGGGGGCAGGCCCAGCGCUUCCUGGCUGUGGACCUGUACCAGAUGAGCCUGGUGGAACCCGAGACCAAGCGCCUGGGCUGGGGGGUCGUCAAGUUUGCCGGCCUGCUGCAGGACAUGCAGGUGACGGGGGUGGAGGACGACAGCCGGGCCCUGAACAUCAUCAUCCACAAGCCCACCUCGAACCCGCACGCCAAGCCCUUCCCCAUCCUGCAGGCCAACUUCAUCUUCGCUGACCACAUCCGCUGUAUCAUAGCCAAGCAGCGACUGGCCAAGGGGCGCAUCCAGGCACGACGCACCAAAAUGCAGAGGAUAGCCGUGCUGCUGGACCUCCCUGUCCAGCCCUCGGCAGAUGUCCUGGGUUUCUCUCGGAGCUCGGCAGCCUCGUCUCAGCACCUGCCCUUCCGCUUCUACGAACAAUCCCGCCGCGGGCUGAGUGACUCCACCAUGCCGCACUCUGUCUUCACCUCCGUGGACAAGGUCCCAGGCUUCGCUGUGGCCCAGUGUAUAAACCAGCACAGUCCCCCCCGGAUGCCGUCGUCCUCCUCCCUGUCCAGCGCCAGUGGGAGUGGGAGUGGGAGCACUGGGUGUUGCGACUCUGUCACAACCAGCACCAUCUCCACCCCCUCAGCCACACAGAGCCCCUCCGGUCUGGCAGGAAAGGAAGACGACGAGUGUUUAGUCUGUCUGAUGCUGAGAGUCGCGGUGGACACUGGGUUUAGGUCUCCAAGCAAAUCCCAUCCAGGCACGUCCCUCUGUCACAUUCACAUAGAUGAGCCUGCCUUCCCCGACGCGGUCCAGUAUGUGGAUGAGACUGGCUCUGUGGUUCCUGCUCCCGGACGAGCCCUCGCCCCCAGCCUGACCCCCGCGCACCAGCCCACCAUCUCUCUGCUCUCCGACGACACGGACUCCCUGAGUGUGGAGUCCCUGACCCUCCUCCCUCCCACCGACCCCCAGCACAUCCACCGCAUCGGCUCCGAGCCGGGGGGGAGCCCGGAGGAACCAGAUGAGCCCGAGGCAGCCAGCGUCGAGCUGUGACCUCAUCCAGAGCUGACCUGUUACAUCACCCAGCGUCGAGCUGUGACCUCAUCCAGAGCUGACCUGUUACAUCACCCAGCGUCGAGCUGUGACCUCAUCCACAGCUGACCUGUUCAAUCACCCAGCGUCGAGCUGUGACCUCAUCCAGAGCUGACUUGUGACCCCACCCACCGCUCAGUGAUGCAGCAGCUCGAUUGGACAGCCCCAUUCCUGGUCUCUGCGUUGUGUAAAUAUGGAGAAGGGGGGACCGUCAGUGUUGUGGCUUUUCUGCUUCUGUCUUUAUGUUUGCAUGGUUGCUAUCACACGAGAGACUGCUUUCAGAGACGUCCAGAGCGUGGGAAGCACUGCAGCCGUGGGAAGAUAAAGCACAUUGAGUUGUUCAUUUUCAGUUGUGGGGAGAUCUGUGUGGAUGUGUGAUGCUUGUAGGUAUACCCCGAAGCCGCUGUUGUAAGUUGUCAGUCACGCCAAAAAUUACAGUAGCCGCCAGCCGCCAUCCGCAGUCAGAUUUUUUUCUGACUGACAAAUGAAGAAACCAGACAGCUGCAGGACCAUUCUGAGUCUGUACUGGCAGGCCAGAUCUGUGACGGUAUGAUUUCCAUUUAGAAAGCAUUAUUCAUAAUGGGGUUUUUUUACUAAUAUAAACCCCCUUCUUUCACACGAAUUUCCAAAUUUAAAAGCACACUGAUGGGCUGCAACUCACUGAAAUACUUUUAUCUAUGGAUAAAUUAGAAAAACGUCUAGACGAAUUAAUCCUAAUUUUACAAGUAGUGAAUAUAAAACAAGAGCUUUCUUUACAGCCACUUGUUAAGUAGUAAAAAAUAAGAACUUCAGACACUGUGAGAUUGGGUUGGGUUUUAAGCGAAUGUCAAUCCACAGCAGACACGACUUGGAAACGAUGGGAAAGACUGGAACUAAAUACAUGACCCGCCCGUGCAUUGCUAUUGGACAGGCUAGAGAUGGGCGGGCUGUCCCGUGCAUUGCUAUUGGACGUGCUAGAGAUGGGCGGGCUGUCCCGUGCAUUGCUAUUGGACGUGCUAGAGAUGGGCGGGCUGUCCUAUUACAAAACGGGUCUUGUUUUGAUAAAAGGUUACCACCCUGACCUCCGGAAACUCUGUUGUAGAUCAGAGUCAUUGAACAUCCCUAUAUAUCCAGUAGUUUUGUUGUUAAUAUCAUUAUUAGUAGUAGUAAUUGUACAGUUGUAGAAUUUUUUUUUUUUUAGUAGUAUAGUUGAACUGAUAUUUUCAACAUGAUUUUAUUGUUAUACAUUUAACUUCCUGCAAUCUCAGUUUUGAUCCUUUUUGUUUAUUAACUUUUAAGUAUUUUAAAGUGCAACAUGAUGAUGAUGAUUAUUAUUAUUAUUAUUAUUAUUAUUAUUAAAAUCUGUGUUAUGCGCAGGUCACCACUUACCUUGUAUUAACUUUUAUUUGUUUUUUCCUUUUAAAACAGUCCGGUGAACUUGACAGAAAAUGCUUUAUAAACACAGCUCAUAAUCUUCAUGUAUGUAUGAGCUUGGUGAUGCUGGGAUGUGUCACAUAGAAUUCAGACGUGUUGUUGGCUUUGUUUUACAACGUAUAGAGUAGCAGGACCUCGAUAAUAUUUCUUUGCUUUAUGUGUAUGUAAAGACCACCACCUUCUCACAGAUUUGUGCCACAGAAUAAUUUAGUGAACAAAGCGUUAUUUAUCAUAAAAACAGACCAACAAAAAUAGCUUCAAAUGUUCAGGUUGUGUGAAUGCGGGACCUGUUUUUAUGUCAUUUUUGAAAGCCAGCAACAGUGCACUUUUUUCAUUUUAAUGCUGGAUAUGUAGACUGCAUAAGGUUUAUUUUUGCUUAUUAAUAAACCUAUUUUUGCGUAAUCGGAAAGGAGAUGUCUUGCUGCUGCUUGAUGCACCACCCGCGAGCCACCCUGCCAUUGUCUUUCUUCAGGAUGUCUUUGUAGUCGUUCAGUUUGCAAUCCUAUAAUAAUCGAUGCUGCUGCACCUCAUGAACUUUUCGUCAUCCGCGAGGAGUAACCUGUUUCGAGGCGUGACGUAUUUGAGGUGUGUGUUUGAUGUGUGUCAAGGGUGUUAACUUUGCUUCUGAUUGGUCAGUUACAUUCCAGUCGCGCGACGAAAAAAAAAAAAAAUAAACAGGUUCUGUUUAUCAGUCAGUCACAAUUUGAAAUUCAGCUGACUUCAGGGUAUACUUGUAGGCUGGUAUGAAUGCUUGUAGGGAUGUGCAUGUGUCUGUUUUUGCUAGGCAUUGAGCCUCCUUUGUCUCAAAAAUGUAAUUAAAAAUAAAUUAUGAAUGUAACAAAAUAUCAAUUAAAAGUGAUUCUGGUGAAAUGCUUUACAACACUGUCGAGUUUCAGGUGAAGUAUAUUUGAGAGAUGUUGGUGAAAGCUGCUGUUCAAGGCGGGGUGGUGGGGGGUGUGAUACCCCUGAUCAGGUAAAGCUUAUUAUUAAUAUAUGUAUAUAUAUACUGUUGUGGGUUUUCAACUCGUCUGUCCCAUUUGCAAAUACUGUUUUCACAGUAUUGCCUCCUGUUAAUAAAAAAUAAAAAAAACAUUCAUUUCUCAUAAUUUUUUAUUUUGUUUUAUG